UUGAUUAUUGUUUUGUCACAUCACUGUACACUUGAAUGACAGCUUUAUGAGGCAAAGUAAUUCUUUUAUUUUCUGUACCAUCCGUUAAUUCAACCAGGAACAUAUUUAGCGAGCGUGGAAAUAGUAGCAUAAGAGUAAUUUGUUUUGGAAACUACGGAAUAAAACUACAUUAGUCAGCUCAUCUUUAUCAUCAUUCUCAUUGAAUAUUCGUAAACAAAAGUGCCUUCAGUUCAAUCCAUUUGUACAAUAACAGAGGGCAAAAAAUAAAAAGACUAUGCAUCUAUCUGUAUCCAAUCCAUUUAUAACUAAAAAAAAAAUCCGCUAUGCCUGGGCUAUAUGCAAUGCGACAACACUGGAUCGCGCGUCAUUCGAUCCGUGACAUGUCAUCAAAAGUCAUAAUUUAUAACCAAAAAUUAAAUUAUUAGGAAUGAUAAGUCCUUUUUACAUCCAUUAACACGAUUACUUACCUCCUUAGAAGCACAUUAUUAUAUCGGUAAAUGUAUUCUUCACAUGACGGACGCCACCACCUAUCAUCGAAAUUGUCACAAUUUACCUUCAGAAUCGUGAAUAUGCUAACUCCAACAUGAAUGAUGUUGUGUAGGUAAACAUUGAACAUCAGCUCAUAUUAUGUAGUUUACAAUAGCAGUCAAGUAUGGGUAUGUGCUGGUGUAAGAAUAAAAAUGAGGAUACAGAGACGUACAUUCCUCAAACAUCCACGAAUAUUUCAAACACAGAUCCUGUUUAUUUUGCCAAUACACAGUAUACAUUUGUGGAAUAUUUGGUGCUUGAAACUUUGGGUGUGAUUGCUACUCUAGUUGACAAUGAACAGGAGCCACCCCAUUCCAUGUUGACAUUGCAUGAUGUAGCUGACAAUGAAGAAGGCUGGAUCCAAGUGGUGAAUGCAAUGAUCAAUGUGAUACCUCUGGAAGAACCCCUAGGACCAUCUGUCAUCACAUUGUUGCUGGAUGACUGCCCCUUACCAUCUAAAGAGUCUGUUGUUAAGGUUGUGGAAAUGUUGAAUCUUUCAAAAGAAGCUGCACUGCAUGGCAGAUCAAAUCCUCCUAGACAAAGGAAUAUAUGUGUGGUGUUGGGGUGUAUUGCUGAAAAGCUAGCUGGUCCCAGGAAUAUGGAUAUAUUAAAUAAUGGUAUUAUAGACUAUUUACUAACCAAUUUGAGUCAAGAUACUGACCCAAAUGUGAUUCUAUUUUCCUUGAUAGCUUUAGAAAAAUUUGCACAGACUAGUCGAAACAAAAUGGUUAUACUGAUAAAGCUUAAAAGCUUGGAAGUGUGCCCAAUAACUUCAUUGGAAAAAUGGAAAGAUGAAACGCAUUAUGUGAAGAGACAAGUUGGGUUCUGUGCUCAGUGGAUUCUAGAUAAUCUAUUUAUAAUGGAGAACCGUCAGUAUUCAUACCAGACGAUCAAGAUGGAUCACAUAAACGCAAUGUUGAACACGUCGGACGUUAGCGAGUACCUGAAAAUCUCUCCAGAUGGCCUAGAGGCGCGAUGCGACGCGUACUCUUUUGAAAGCGUCAGGUGUACUGCGCAAGCUGAUUCGGGUGUUUGGUAUUAUGAAGUGUGCAUCAUCACGCCUGGGGUUAUGCAGAUCGGAUGGGCGACGAAGAAUAGCAAUUUUCUUAAUCAUGAAGGUUAUGGUAUAGGUGACGACCGGUACUCCUUGGCCUAUGACGGUUGCCGUCGACUGAUUUGGUACAACGCAAAAUCUGAUUCCCAAGAACUGCCUAGAUGGCAGGCUGGAGACAUGUUAGGUUGCCUUCUGGAUCUCGACAAUCAAAAGAUAGUCUUUUCUGUUAAUGGAUACAGCCUACCACCAUGUAUGCAUGUGUUCACCAUGGCGAAGUCCGGAUUCUUCGCAGCAGCCAGCUUCAUGUCGUUCCAGCAGUGCCGAUUCAAUUUCGGCGCGGAACCGUUCAAGUACCCUCCCAAGAUGAACUACUCGACGUUCAAUGACUGUGCAGAUUUGAAGUCCGAGGAUAAGGUGGUGCUGCCCAGGCACAUAUUCCUGAACCAGCUCAGGGAACAGAAUAUCGGAGAGGAUAGUUGUACGCUGUGUUAUGAUCAGAAGGCGUCCAUACGGCUCAUUCCUUGCGAGCACUCAGGUUUUUGUGCAUCAUGUGCCAGCCAGCUGUUGGAGUGUCCAAUGUGUCGGGCCCCCUUCCAGCUGGUAGUGGAAGAUAAUUCACCGUCUCCAACUUCAUGACACGCAGUGCCGCUAAACUCCAACGUAAUUUUAUUACGAGGCAAUGUUCGUUUUGUACAAAUUUGUUGCAUCGUUUUUAGUGACGGGUUUGUAUUAAAAAAAGCAGAUAUAUUUAUUUUUACGAUUGUUUAUUGAUUUUAAUUAUGUGAUUAAGGAUGGUUUUUUAUAUUUAUCUGUAAAUUAUACAAAGAUAUAUGUAUAUAAUAGAGGCUUAUCUGGCAGAAAAAAUCUGUAUUGUAAUAUAAUGUUUGUCAACAUUUGAUUUUUGCAAAGCAUA